GUAGCUAAUCUUCCACGUCACAGGGAAGUUGGGAACGGACAGCUCGAGAAGAUCUCUGAGCAAUUUUACAGAUGCCCAAUUAAAUAACAGACGCAACAAAUGAUAUUUUGAAAUAUAGUAAACGUGCAGUAAAAGGCAGCUACGUGCUUAUUUCUCUAUCGUGACCAAGUGCGGAAAGAUUGGUUUGGGAAUCAUCUUAACAGUUCUGUUGAUUGGGGUGUUGCAAGAGGAAAGACGAUCCAUCCGGCAAAAUGACAGCCGCAGAGAAUGUUUGUUACACUUUGAUCAAUGUUCCAAAUGACUCCGAACCUCCAUCUGAAGUCAGUCUCAAAGCAGACUUAGAAAAAGGAGAGAUCAAGGCAAAGACAGAGGCCCUGAAGAAGGUAAUCAUCAUGAUACUGAAUGGAGAGAAGCUGCCAGGCCUACUGAUGACCAUCAUCCGAUUUGUCCUCCCACUUCAAGACCACACCAUUAAAAAGCUUCUGCUAGUCUUCUGGGAGAUUGUCCCCAAAACGACUCCAGAUGGCAAGCUGCUUCAGGAGAUGAUCCUGGUCUGUGACGCCUACAGAAAGGACUUGCAGCACCCCAACGAGUUCAUCCGUGGAUCCACCCUGCGCUUCCUGUGCAAGUUGAAGGAGUCUGAGCUGCUGGAGCCCCUCAUGCCCGCCAUCCGCGCCUGCCUGGAGCACCGCCACAGCUACGUUCGCCGCAAUGCUGUACUGGCCAUCUACACCAUCUACAGGAACUUCGAAAAUCUCAUCCCAGAUGCCCCUGAGUUGAUCCAUGAUUUCCUUGUGAAUGAAAAAGAUGCCAGCUGCAAGAGYAAUGCUUUCAUGAUGCUCAUUCACGCAGACCAGGACAGAGCUCUGGAUUACCUCAGCACCUGCAUUGAUCAAGUGCAUACAUUUGGAGAUAUUCUCCAGUUGGUCAUUGUGGAGCUAAUUUACAAGGUGUGCCACGCUAACCCGUCGGAGCGUGCCCGCUUCAUCCGCUGCAUCUACAACCUGUUGCAGUCCUCCAGCCCAGCCGUCAAGUACGAGGCAGCUGGCACUCUUGUCACGCUGUCCAGCGCACCCACUGCCAUCAAGGCUGCUGCCCAGUGCUACAUUGACCUGAUUAUCAAGGAGAGUGACAACAACGUGAAGCUGAUUGUCCUGGAUCGUCUGAUAGAGCUGAAGGAGCAUCCCACUCAUGAACGUGUUCUCCAGGACCUGGUGAUGGACAUUCUGCGUGUUUUGAGCACGCCUGACCUCGAGGUCCGGAAGAAGACCCUGCAGCUGGCCUUGGACCUAGUUUCAUCCCGGAAUGUAGAGGAGUUGGUGAUAGUUCUGAAGAAGGAGGUGAAAACCAACAACGUGACGGAGCAUGAGGACACUGAUAAAUUCAGGCAGCUGCUGGUGCGCACCCUCCACUCAUGCAGUGUACGCUUCCCUGACAUGGCGGCCAAUGUCAUUCCUGUGCUGAUGGAGUUCCUGAGUGACACUAARGAGGCAGCGGCGGCUGAUGUGCUGGAGUUUGUGAGGGAGGCCAUUCAGAGGUUCGACAACCUGAGGCCCCUCAUCAUCGAGAAGAUGCUGGAAGUCUUCCACGCCAUCAAGACUGUCAAGAUCUACAGAGGAGCGCUUUGGAUCCUGGGAGAAUACUGCAGCACUAAAGAGGACAUUCAGAGUGUGAUGACAGAAGUGCGCAGGUCYCUUGGAGAGAUCCCCAUAGUAGAGAACGAGAUCAAGAAAGAGGCUGGGGAGGGGAAGCCGGAAGAAGAGGUGAGCGCAGCGCCAGCAGCCAAACUGGUGACAGAGAUGGGCACCUACGUCACACAGAGCGCCCUCAGCUCCUCCCGUCCCUCAAAGAAGGAAGAGGACAGGCCUCCUCUCAGGGGCUUCUUGAUGGACGGAGACUUCUAUGUGGCAGCCUCGCUGGCCACAACCCUGACCAAAGUGGCCCUGCGAUAUGUCGCCAUCGUUCAAGACAAAAAGAGACAGAAUUCCUUUGUGGCUGAGUCUAUGCUGAUCAUGGCCACCAUCCUCCACUUGGGCAAGUCCUCUCUGCCCAAGAAGCCCAUCACAGACGACGAUGUGGACCGCAUCUCGCUGUGUCUCAAGGUGCUGUCCGAGUGUUCGCCCCUCAUGAACGACAUCUUUAARAAGGAGUGCCGCAAGUCCCUGUCUCACAUGCUCACUGUCAGGCUGGAGGAGGAGAAGCUAUCUCAGAAGAAAGAGUCAGAGAAGCGGAACGUACUGGUGCAGGCAGACGACCCCAUUUCCUUUAUGCAACUGACGGCCAAGAACGAGYCGUCCUCCAAGGAGGACCAGUUCCAGCUCAGUUUACUGGCUGCCAUGGGAACCACUCUUAAYAAGGAGGCUAACGACCCCAUGGCCUCCAAACUCAACAAGGUUACCCAGCUGACUGGUUUCUCAGACCCAGUCUAUGCUGAGGCCUAUGUCCAUGUCAACCAGUAUGACAUUGUGCUGGARGUGCUGGUCGUCAACCAAACCAACGACACCCUUCAGAAUUGCACCCUGGAGCUGGCGACAUUGGGUGACCUCAAGCUGGUUGAGAAGCCUUCUCCUCUCACUCUGGCACCCCAUGACUUUGCCAACAUCAAGGCUAACGUCAAAGUGGCGUCCACAGAGAAUGGCAUCAUAUUUGGCAACAUAGUGUAUGACAUAUCAGGAGCUGCCAGCGACAGGAACUGRGUGGUCCUUAGUGACAUCCACAUUGACAUCAUGGACUACAUCCAGCCAGCCUCGUGCACAGACGCGGAGUUCAGACAGAUGUGGGCCGAGUUUGAGUGGGAGAAUAAGGUGACWGUGAACACCAACAUUGCAGACCUGAACGAGUACCUCCACCACAUCCUCAGCUCCACCAACAUGAAGUGCCUGACCCCAGAGAAGGCACUUUCUGGAUUCUGUGGCUUCAUGGCUGCCAACCUGUAUGCCCGCUCCAUCUUCGGUGAAGACGCCCUGGCCAACGUCAGCAUUGAGAAGCCCAUCCACCUGGGUCCUGAUGCCCCUGUCAACGGACACAUCCGCAUCCGGGCCAAGAGCCAGGGUAUGGCAUUGAGUCUGGGUGACAAGAUCAACCUUUCCCAGAAAAAAACAUCUGUAUAAAGUCAACUGAAAACCAGCAGUCCAACUGAGAACUCCACAUCACUGGACCAAGAUUCAUCUGCAAAGAAAUGUGCUUUCUGCUAGUCCUCUCUAGUCUCUUCUAUCUGUCUCUGGCCAUAAACAGAUAGCUUUUUUUUUAUGGCCAUUUGAUUAAGUACUGUUCUAUAUGUGGGUAUGAGAGAUGGUUUUACACCUCCUGUGUCAGGAAGAAACUCCCUCUUACUGUCCUCCAAGUGAUAGGCCAGGGAUAUCUUUCAUUUUCAAUAAACAUGUCAUAUAUAACAAAACAUACUCCCAACAUUUGUCAGACGAUGGGUUGUUUGCGUGUUCAGUCUUUCUUAUGUUAAGGGAACGCGAGGUAGGAAAAACUUCUGAUCCACCACCCCUUAAUUAAGCUGUUGCCAAAUGUUAUGACAGUAAAGUUAAAUGCAAUGUCAGACUAAACCAUGAAAUAUGGAUUCAGUUUGAAUGCACAUUCCAUCCUCUACGGCUGUGUUUACACAGGCAGCCCAAUUCUGAUGUUUUUGCCACUAAUUGGUCUUUUGACCAAACAAAUGAUCUGAAUUGGGCUGCCUGUGAAUAAGCAGCUUAGCUGAUCUCAUGUCCCAUUAUUGUCUUUACACUACAGAUAAUGACUCAUCAAAGUGGUUAUUGUAUCAGAUGCAUGCAAAUUCCUUGAAAGUAAAAUUUUAACAUUA